GAAUGCUUGCUCAAUAAUAUGCAAUUGACAAGUGAUGAUAACAACAAUCAUUUGGAUCAAUGGGUUUCAUUAAAGAAAAGUUCUAUUGUACAAAUACAAUCAACAGCAUUGUUGCAUUUAAACUUAUCAACUUUUGUCAUUGAAUUAACCAUCCCUCGUUGUAAUUGUAUUGACGCACCAAACUCUUCAGAAUCUUUAGAAUAUAGUCCACAAAUUGAUUCAAAUAGUAAUUUUAUAAGUAAUCCAUACGGAAGUAAUAGUUAUGAUCCGUUAUUAUUAACACCAGAAUUUUCAGAACCUUCAAAUUUUGAAAAUAUAAAUUUUAAUAAUUUUAAUCAACCCGAAAUAUUUAACCUGAGCGAUUG